UCUAAAUCACCAGAACAGAAGAGUCCAAAAAGCUUAAGUAUUAAAUCGGAAUACUUAGAGGAACGUAAAAUGGAGACAGAUCUCGAAAUUAGACAGCCAGAAGAAACUUCAGUCAAUAGAAAAUCGAAUGUGUCUGAAAACAAAACUUCGAGAAGAUCUGAAAGCCCAAUAGGAUCUCCAGUGAUAACUAGCAAUAUUAAUAAAAUAGCCAAUAUGAGUAAAGUUCUUUCAAAUGAAGCAAAAGCUUUAAGACAAUCUAUUCGUAGUUUAUCCGAAGAUAUAGCUAAAACUAAACAAGAAAUGUCCGAUCAACAAGAGGAAAACGUUAAUUUUCCCUAUCAUCUGUUUUUGUUGGAAAUUAUCGUAAAUAAAAUUCACAUGAAAUGUGAUUGUUUCGACGUUGAUGGUAACAAUCUAGUUAUUUUGGCGACAUUUUUAGGAAAACAACCUAUUGUCCUUUACGAUACCAGUUACGGUAAAAUAUAUAACUUUACUAAACUAAAUUUAGGGAAGUCAAUACUAUUCGCUAUGACCUACGAUAAAAUAUGUAGCAUCAAAGAUUUUGAAAUAACCAUACAAUUAACAAAACAGCCACCUUGCACCAGCUGUGUGACUAAAAUAGGACAGGCGUGUAUGGACUUAACUGUGGAGUUUGUGAAAUUACGCGAGGAAUUGUGUCGCAAAUGGUUGGCUGAACAGCCUGAUGAUAAUAUAAUGUGUACAACAUCGACACCAUUGUCCAAAAAUUUGUACCAUCUGUCUUGCGGUGACGAAGACCACAGGGACUCUAUUGGAGUUAUUGAGGUUUCGACAAGAAUGUCAUUCCUAGGAAAAGAAAUCAUGACUUCGUUUUGUGCUACUCCUAAACCUCAGGGCACGUCGUUUCUUUUGAAGCAAGAUAAUGGAAUGACAAUGUAUUCUUGUCAAAAAGUUGAAAUGGACGAUCAAGGCAAGAUACUUUUGGAUGAAAGUAGUUUAACAAAAAAAAGUUUACCCUGUGCGCAUCGCAAUCUUUCAUUCAUUGAAAGAAAUCAAAGGUGUCCGAGUCCAACAUCAAGCAUUCUGUCAUCUAAGAGAUCAUAUCAGCCGAUUCCGUAUUCACACUAUCAAAACGAGGUCCCUAAAUACGACGAGAUAUUUACAAAAAUUAAUGCGAACGAACUAAAAAUUCGUGUCCCAAAAACCACGAAGGUUGAACGAAUGGGAAAGUACGAUAGGAUACAGGAAUUGUGCUCCUGUGAAAAUACACCUUACAAUACAGGAGAUCAGAUACAAUUCCAGUUACCGAAAGAUUUCCAUAAUUCUGAUACUUACACUUCAAAUUUAAAAUACACUCAUAAAGGCUACGACAAUACCUGCGAUAAAAGGGACAGAAAAAUACUUAGCGUUACGCCAACUAACUGUCCGGUCCCUGUGGCCAUGGAGAAAAUAUUGCAUCCGCAGAAAGAUGUGUUCGUUUUAAAAAUUGGCAAAAAACUGGAAACAAAAGACAAGAAAACUGAAUUAGAAAUCGAACUAGUUACUCCAAAGGGGCCAACGGAAAAACGGAAUUUUGAUAAUAAUAUAAACAACAUUUCGCAACAGUGCAGUACUGUCGAACUGAACAAGAAACAAUCGAAAACAAGUAAUAAGAAAAAAAAUAAAACUAAAAAAGCAAAUAAAUCGAAGAAAGAAAUCAAAUCUAAAGAUAAAACAAAAAAAUAACUACACGACGAGUCAUUAUACUAACUGACACUAUUCUUGUUGAUAUAAAAUUGUACACUAGUUUUUAUAAAUACUGGCACAACGAAAUAAAACUUGUUUUUGAAACUGAACCAUUUUAUCUGUCUCAUCCAUUUAAUAUUAAGAUUUAAGAUCCUUAUCAUAAAAUGGAU